AAAGGGACAAAAAACAGGCAGAAGUUGGGUGAAGGAGAGUGACAAAGGACAAAAACGUCAUGCCUGAUGCUGUUGGGAGGACUGUAAUAAUGCAGACUGAGACCUGGCAAAAAGGUCCAACAGCCUUAGUAUGUUGGGACUUGAGGUUAGAGAUGGGAUCAGAGGCAGAAAGGAGCUCAGACUGGAAGGGGGAGGAGGAGCUUAACAAUGGCCAGAAGGAAGGGAUUUGUCCCUUUGUGCAGAAAACCUAGGAGCAGCCUGGAGAGCCAGGCUAGGUACUUCACCCUCUUCCCAAACUGCUUAGGACCAGAGGUGAAAGUGAAAGAGGAGAUGCAAAACAGGCCAGCGUCCUCUAAAGGUGAAAGCGAAAGCAGGAAGCAUUAGACUUGGAGCCCUGCAGAGAAUAGGCUUCCGCUUUUCUAGCUCUGCUGGUCCCACUCCUCUAGCCAUUGACCUCCAAUCCCUGGACUCCCCUGUCCCAAGAUGCUGCAAACAAAGCUAGAGCCCCGAGGGGGCUUCUCCUUCGAGAACUGCCAGAGAAACGCAUCCUUGGAACGCGCCCUCCCGGGGCUCCGGGUCCCUCAUGCACGCAAGACCGGGACCACCAUCGCGGGCCUUGUGUUCCGAGACGGGGUCAUCCUGGGCGCAGAUAAGCGGGCCACUAAUGAUUCAGUUGUGGCAGACAAGAACUGCGACAAGAUCCACUUCAUCGCGCCCAAAAUCUACUGCUGUGGGGCUGGAGUAGCCGCGGACACCCAGAUGACCACGCAGAUGGCGGCGUCCAACAUGGAGCUACACGCGCUGUCCACUGGCCGCGAGCCCCGCGUGGCCACUGUCACCCGCAUUCUGCGCCAGACGCUCUUCCGGUACCGGGGCCACGUCGGUGCGUCGCUGGUCGUGGGCGGCAUAGACCCAACAGGACCGCAGCUCUACAGUGUGCACCCUCACGGCUCCUACAGUCGUCUGCUUUUCACGGCCCUGGGCUCUGGCCAGGACGCGGCCCUGGCGGUGCUGGAGGACCGGUUUCAGCCAAACAUGAUGCUGGAGGCCGCACAGGAGCUGCUGGUGGAAGCCAUCACUGCAGGAAUCCUGGGUGACUUAGGCUCCGGGGGCAGUGUUGAUGCAUGUGUGAUCACAGCGACCGGCGCCAAGAUGCUUCGAAAACUGAGCUCGCCCACAAAGCCCAUCGAGAGGCCCAGCCAGUACCUCUAUGCCCCUGGGACUACAGCUGUCCUGUCAGAGACAGUGGUGCCACUGUCCCUGGAACUGGUGGAGGAAACCGUGCAGACCAUGGAGAUGGAGUGAAGUAGGCUGAGGCUUAGAGCUUGGAACAAUGGGGAAUAAACACAGAAAAUACAAACACCUGAA